UACGCAUUCAUACGUGACGCCGUCGGUGACUCACUGUGAUUCGCCUCGAAUGACACGAGCGACACGACUCACGCCUCGUGUGCUUUUCGUCCGUUACAUUUGCCGAGUGCUUUAAUUUGCGUAAACGUAACGCGUCGCCUUGCGUCGCGUAAAAGGCAUUGACGUAAAAUUAUUUAGAAAAGAGAUAAGAAAAAAAUACAACAACAACAGCAGCAGCAGCAAAAGGAAUUACGUGAAACGCGAAACGUAAAACGAAAAACGUUUGAAAGCAACGCGCCCGAAUGCGUUACGUGGCGCAUGAAAUGGCGGCACGCAAUUCGCGCUACAUUGAAUCCAAACGCAUCAGCCACAAAUUGCUCUAGUCCACAAAAGUUAUAAUUUAAUAGCAUCACAAAUUGCGCAUGAAAUGUUGUUGGAAUACUUUAUGGCGAUGCUUGUGAUCAUGGGAUUAACCACAACAUUCGAUAAGCACACAAGCACAAGCAUCACAAGACGCAUGCAACACUUUGCGCUGGCCACGGAGCUUUCUAAUCUAAUACCCGAGGAGUACGAUCCACAUUUCGAUAACAGCACAGAGCGUGAUAUAAUCGCCGCCCUGGGGACCACAGCUCGCAUGCAUUGCCGCGUCCGCAAUCUGGGGGAUCGGGCAGUGUCCUGGAUUAGGCAGCGUGACUUACACAUACUCACAAUUGGCAUCAUGACCUACACCAAUGAUCAGCGCUUUCUGGCCCGCCACAUCGACAACUCUGACGAGUGGGUGCUCAAGGUCGUCUCGGUGCAGCCCCGCGAUGCUGGCAUCUACGAGUGCCAAGUCUCCACGGAGCCGAAAAUCAGCCUUGCCUACAAGCUGAUGGUUGUCACAUCCAAGGCGCAAAUCCUUGCCAAUCGCGAACUGUUCAUCCAGAGCGGCAGCGACAUCAAUCUGACAUGCAUAGCACCCCAGGCGCCGGGACCAUAUACUCACAUGCUCUGGUACAAGGACACCGAACUGAUGAGUGAUUCGACUCGCGGCGGAAUACGGGUCAUCUCCGAACAACAGAUGAAGACCAGCAAUUUGGUGAUAUCGCGUGUCCUGCACACAGAUUCUGGAAAUUACACAUGCUCCGCGGAUAACUCAAACUCCGACAGCGUGUUUGUGCAUAUCAUUAAAAGCGAACAGCACGCGGCCAUGCAGCAUGAGCUUGGCGUGAGAUUGGAGCUACCCAGCCUGUGGUUGUUACUUGGCCUGCUCACGCUACUGCAUGUGGCACAGCGGCAUCGCCAUCACCAUCACCAGCCACACCAUCAGCUCCUCCUGCUCCACGCACUGGCCUAAGCUGAGCCGUAACUUAUGUUUCAUGUCUGAUUUGCGUUCUCUCCGUAUCUGUGUGUGGUUCUGUGCAUGGGUGUGUUGCGAACUCUGGGCAUUACUCUACAGCACUGGUCGAAGGGGCUGCUGCCACGCCCACACCAAGGAAAGCGGAAAGCGGAGAGUGAGGAAAGGCAAUUGACGCACCUGUAUAUAUGUAAAUCAAAUUGGGUUUUGUUAUAGGCAGCUUUAAGUAUUUUUAUACGUAAUUAAUAAAUGUGAAUAGGCGCAUCGCAUAAAGCGAGUCAUUUAAAAGCAUAUAGAAUAAGAAGGAAAACCAACAUUGAUAGAACGAGCAAUCGAUGAAUCGAUUAAUCGAGCAAUCGAUUAAUCGACCAGUUGUGUAGCAAUAAGCAAAAGUGAAACGAAACUGCAAACAUAAAAUCGAAAAUACUGUAAAUAAAUGUUUAAUCUUAAUUAACAAGAACAUUAAGCAAAUUAUAAUGUUGCCGCAUGUAUGUAUCUCGCCAAAUACUUAAAAUCGAGGUGUACACAUGCAUAGAUAUAGCUACUAUCUGUCAUCUAGAUUAAUUAUGAUAAAUUGUGCAAGUGGGUGCAAAAUUAAAAUUAAAA